CUACAUAAAAAAAGAAAGUAUUUUUUUUUUCUCGAUUAUUACUAUUCUAGUUAGAAAGUUUUCAUUAUAAGUAUUGUAACUGUUAAAAAGUUUAUUUAUUCGAUCAAUUGAAUGUAUGAAAUACAAACUUGUAUAACUAUAUAUGAAUUCAUGAUGUUGCUUAAAAUGACGCAAUUUACAAUUUCUUAAGAGUUAAUACAAUAUAGAAACGAGUUGUCUAUUUCCUGUAGUUGUAUGUAUCAGAAAUAUAUUUGAGAAUCACUGACAAGCGAAAACGGUCGUGCAUUUUGUUUAAAUCGGUAGGAUAAUCUUGAAAUCCCGCGCGAAUGACGUUUAGAGACGACGAAAAAAAGGUAAACGAAUAAAAUAAAAAUCAUAAACACGUAGAUUUAUCAUCUUCGAAUAUGAGAAGUAAUAUCGUCAAUUAAAAUCCGUAUAUCGGAUGUAAGAAUAUAAUGUAAACGUAACAUGACAAAAUAUAUAUCUGAAUAAUUAAUUUUGCCAUUGAAUAAAUGACGCACAUGACCGAGGUGAGCUUUGCCGAUCUUCAAAUGGAAGAACGAUACAAAAAGUUAGAACGAAGUUUGAAACUGGCGUCACUUAGAAGUGAAAAUAAAAAGAAAGAUGAAUUAUUGCCACUACCUACGUCUCCUAGCAUUUCUAGCAUUAAUGCAGACCCACUUGACUCCACAGCUAAUAUUCCCUCUUUACAAGUUUCCAAAAUUGGUAGUGAAGUUGUUUCUUCAAGUAAUAAUUUGAGAAAUGUACAGUUGAAAACGAAAAUUGUUAAUAAUGAUCAUAGAAUGAUUGUUACGUCUACUGCUAAAAAGUUUAACAAGGAAAACAAUUGUUCGGAAGAUCGUUUUAUGAUGCCACCACCCAAUAUUGACAGACAUUUUUGUAGUCUUAAAAAAUCAAACAGUACAGCAACACAUCCUGCUGUAAAAUCUUCGCUACAAAUGAAAUGUCAUUCCUCUGACAUUGAUACUGAAUCACCUAGGAAAAGAGAGAAUUAUAGAUUCGCCAAUGAAGAUAGAAAACGUACCGGAGCUUUCAAUCCCUUACUGAUUAGAUGUGACACUUUGCAGAACAAUAAUGUUAGAAUGUUUACAAAAUGGAAAGUUAUGCUAAAUGAACAAAACCAUGGUAAAAUUGCGUGGAGUAAACCUGUUGUAAGAAGAUUGACAAAUACUAAAGUAGAAUCUGUUUGUAAACAUUUGUAUCAGUUGCAAGGAAAUCUUGUUGAUGAUGAAUAUGAAUUGCCAGAAUAUAUUAGAGGCAAAUUUCAUAGUGGAUUUCCCGAUGAUUGGAAAAAUGUUUAUGAAAUCUGGAGAUCAUUUGUACAGCAAGGAUGUAGUGUAACAUUUCGUUGGCCUACCCCUAUUGCAGAUAGUGAUGAUGAUUUCACAAGUGUAAUAACAGAUAUUAUAUGUGCUGAUUCAAGAAAUCAUAAGGAUAAAGAAUCAAAUUUAAAGUUUCAUAAAAAAUCGUAUGCAUUUGAAGCAGUUGAUGAUGACUCUGAUUGUACGUACAAUAAUUUGCAGAUAAAGGAGAAACAUCUCAAUUCAUGCAGUUGUCAAAAAAGUGACUCAUUCACACAAACGAAUUUAUCAAUUGGGAACAUCUCUCAGAGGAAAACUAAUAUUCACUCUUCAGGAAUUCAAUAUAAUAAUGACAAAGAAAAUUAUGAACAACAAGGAGAUGUGAAUUUGAAUUGUUCUUAUACUAAAACUGCAUCAAACAGUUUGAAGGAUAAAUUGAAUGUUAUUGUAAAUAACUUAACAGAUAAAAAUUGUCCGCAAGAAUAUAUUAGUAAGAUUAUUGAAAUAUUUGAUUGUUUAAAUUAUGUUGUAUCAUACAGGACAAUUAAAGAAGAUGGAUCUAACAUUGAAGACUCAAAAUCAAAAACAGACGAGUAUAUGGUAGAAGGACAACAUAAUAAAAUAAAUGAGAAAUCUCAAGAUUAUGUAGAAUCAGAAUCAAUUUCACUGCUUAAUUCUAUAGGUAACAGAGCUAUCGACUAUAGUGAAUCAUUACAAAGAAAAAGAACUUUUACAGAAAUGAGUAAAAAUGAUGAUAUCAGUACUUCCGAUAGUGAAAGUGAAGUUUAUGCAGGAGUUCGGAAAAUACCGAUAGAACGGAUAAUACAACAAAAAGAAACAUUACUAAGACCUUGUAAACGUAAAAUGCAAAGAAAGAUGCAUCAAAAACAUGAUGCCAUAAAAAAACAAAAUGUUUCAAGCGUGCUUCCAAUUAUGUCAAAUCAUAACGAUGGAAGUUAUAUAAAAAUAGUAAACUCUGAAGAAAUUAAUGACAUAAAUUUUAAUGAUUCCAAUAUUAGUGUUAUAGAAGACGAGAGAAAUCAUUUAGAAAUAAAGAAAUAUAUCAGUUCAAAGAACGAAGAUAUAAUACACGUCGAUUCGAAGAAUAAAGAUACACAUAAAAUUCAGAAACAUCGUGUACAACAGAACUCAACAGAUGCUCAAUCUGUCCAAUAUUUGCAUGAUUCUUAUAAAAUAACUGAAAAUAAUGAGUGUGAAAUUGACGUGACUGAAAAAUAUAACAAUAAAAUGACUGAAACAAAUUCUUAUAUACAAGGCAAUACACAAGAGAGAAACAGAUAUAUGAAUGAUCGAUGUCGAAAGCAUUCAUCUUGUCAACAACACGAAGAAUUAUUGUUUGAUUCGAAGAAUACCACAACUGAAAGGACAAAACCUGUUAUAAUUAAUUCGAUUCCUGUUAACAUAAAGAAUAAGUCUAUUAAAGAAUUAAAUGAAAAAGUCAAAAAUAGAAGUUUGACAAACAAAGAGUCUCCAAAAGCAAGCACAAACUCAUUGCUUGACAGCAACCAAUGUCCUGAAGAUUGUGUUAAAAAUCAGUCGAGUAACAUGGAUUCUAUUAUUCCAAAAAAGUUAUUACGAGAUAAUUUAAACGUUUCUAGAGAUAACGAAACUUCAAAUAGUUGUAAACCGAAGUUACUGUCUGCUUGGACACCAAGAGUUUUGUACAAAUCAGGAUUGCAUUUAAUUUUUGAAGGAAAAUUAUUAAACGAGGUUGGCCACGUUACAAACAGAAAGUUUCAGACGGAUGUAAUAUCUCGUCGAGUAUCACAAAAAGUGGUUGAGACGGUUCAUCGUGAAUUUUAUCAGUUGAUUGGCGACUUAAACGAUACGAAACAUGCCAAUGUUAACGAUUCUAUAAAUGCGACAAAAAACUGUAAUACUACUUCGGUAGAUAGUAUAAACGUUGGUGUAAGUUCAAAAGGUAGAAAAAUAAUACCUCCUUUAAGUUAUUGGACAGUCAUUUUUGAGUUUCUUCUGUCUUCAGGAGAACGCGUUGUUUUGAAGGACAAUAGUCCAGUAUAUAAUCCUGGCACUUCACAAGUCCCUUCAAUAAUUUUUUCUCCUGAAACGUCCGCUAAAAGUAAAGAUGUAAAAAAGGGAAAACAAAUUAAUGAGAGAAUUAAAAAAAGUACUUCAAAAACACCAAAAGCUAAAAAUAAUAUAAAGACAGUCGAACGUAACAAAUCCAGAAGACGUAUAAUGAGAAAUAAGAGACAAGAAGAGUUAGAAUCAAGCGAUUCUAGUGAUGAAAAUAUUUCCAUAUAUGAGCAUAAAUCUCAUACAAACUUGGUUGCAACGGAACCAACAGUGAAAAAAUCAAAAGUAAGGAAAGAUAUUGAGUUGAAUACGCCACUUAGCAGCCCUUUUAAACAAUUGCCUAGAGGUCAAUCGUUAGCUGGGAAAUGUGAUGUCGUAUAUACGUAUUACAAAGAUAUACCAGACAAAGAUGACAUAUUAUCCGAUGACCAAGUCUCUCAUGUGUGACGUUGAAAAUUUCGAUGUGAUGUUAAAUAAAUUUUUUUUUAUAUGUGCAUAUUUUAUAAUUAUAACUACUAUAGUGUAUUUUGUUACAUUCUUAAAUAAAAGAGAUAAAGAAAUACGUUUAUUGCUCAUUCGUUAAUAUACUGCUAUUUAUCUUCGUUUCAAUUAAAAAAGGAUUAUACUUAUUGAAAAAAAUAGAGUAAACUUACAAGAUAAAAUUGGUUUAUUGUUUAAUGAUGUAAUUUAACAAUUAUAUAAAGUAUUUAAGGAACAUGCUACGUCCCUAAGUUAAAAAACACAAGAACUGUACAAUAAUUUGAUGUCAAUAAAAUUAAAGUUCAAAUAAAAAUAUGCUAUACAUAUACUAAUAUAUAAUUCGGUAUGAGUUAACAUACGCCGAAUAAAAAUAUAAGAAAAAUUUGCAGUUUAAUUUUUUACAUUGCAAUCAGUAUGCAUCUUUUUGAAGACAAUAGGGUGUAUGCAGUUUAACAAUGUAACAUACAUAUAUAUAUAUAUAUA